CAGGAGGAAACGCGCAAUCAAACCUCGGCGCAGGGUGACCAAUAAACUACAACUCCCAUGAUGCUCUGGUUUGCUACACGCGCCGAGGAAGUUGAAGCAUCUACAUACUAGCCAAAAGUAGUUUGUGCAAGAGGAAAAGGCAGGACAGCUCCCAUCUGACCGCCACACCGAGCUCUGGCUGCUUCCAGCUUCACACACACACAGUUGCCAUGGCGGAGCGGGUGCUGGUGAUCGGCAGUGGUGGGCGGGAACACGCGCUGGCCUGGAAGCUGGCCCAGUCACCGCAAAUACAGCAGGUCCUGGUGGCGCCGGGUAAUGCAGGCACGGCAAACUGCGGCAAGAUCAGCAACUCUGAGGUGUCGGUGAGUAACCACAGCAUCUUGGCUCAGUUCUGUAAGGAUCAUAAUGUUGGGCUGGUUGUGGUCGGGCCUGAAGUACCGCUGGCGGCAGGCAUUGUGGAUGACCUGACAGCAGCAGGGGUGCCGUGUUUCGGUCCUACCGCCAAGGCGGCUCAGCUGGAGGCCAGCAAGAGUUUCUCCAAGGCCUUCAUGGAGCGCCACGGCAUCCCCACGGCCCGCUGGGGCUCCUUCACCGACCCACAGGAGGCCUGCAGCUACAUCCGCACGGCCGAGUUUCCAGCGCUGGUGGUGAAGGCCAGCGGCCUGGCGGCAGGGAAGGGAGUGAUUGUGGCCCGAGACCAGGAUGAGGCCUGUCAGGCAGUGAUGGACAUCAUGAAGGACAAAGCCUUUGGAAGUGCAGGCGAGACGGUCGUGGUUGAGGAGCUGCUUGAAGGAGAAGAAGUGUCUUGUCUGUGUUUCAGCGACGGCUCCUCUGUGUCGCCGAUGCCGCCGGCGCAGGAUCACAAACGGCUGCAGGACGGCGACGUGGGGCCCAACACGGGCGGUAUGGGAGCAUACUGCCCCACACCUCAGGUGAGUCAGGAGCUGCUGCAGCAGAUCCGAGAGUCGGUCCUGCAGAAGACCGUGGACGGCAUGAAGGCAGAGGGAGCCCCCUAUGUCGGCGUGCUGUAUGCAGGACUCAUGUUGACCAAGCAGGGGCCAAAGGUCCUCGAAUUCAACUGUCGCUUUGGAGACCCAGAGUGUCAGGUGCUGCUGCCCCUGCUCAAGAGCGACCUGCAUGAAGUGCUGUUGAACACCCUGAACGGGACGCUGGCCUCCAACCCCCCCGUGUGGCACCAGGACAGCUCUGCAGUCACGGUGGUCAUGGCCAGCGCCGGCUACCCCGGCUCCUACCAGAAAGGAGUGCCGAUCACAGCUUUGCCCCAGGUGCAGGAGAUGAACCUGCAGGUGUUCCAUGCCGGGACAGCCCUGAAGGACGGGGCCGUGGUGUCCAGCGGCGGGCGGGUCCUCACCGUCACUGCGGUCAGGCCGUCCUUCGAGGCGGCCCUGCAGGCGGCCAAUCAGGGCGUGGCGGCCGUCGGCUUCCCGGGAGCUGUGUACCGCCGCGACAUCGGCCAUCGGGCCAUCGCCCACCUGAACCAACGCAGAGGUCUGACCUAUAAGGACAGUGGAGUGGACAUUGCUGCCGGUAACAAGCUGGUCGACAUGAUCAAGCCUCUGGCCAAGGCAACUUCCCGCGCCGGGUGUAAUGCAGAGCUGGGGGGUUUUGCUGGGCUCUUUGACCUGAAGGCGGCAGGCUUCAGCGACCCCGUCCUGGUGUCCGGGACAGACGGAGUUGGGACCAAGCUCAAGAUCGCCCAGGCAUGCGGGCAGCACGGCGGCCUGGGUCAGGACCUGGUGGCCAUGUGUGUGAACGACGUGCUGGCCCAGGGGGCCGAGCCGCUCUUCUUCCUCGACUACUUCUCCUGCGGCAGCCUGGACGUGGAUGUGGCCGCGUCGGUGGUCGGCGGCAUUGCCAAGGCCUGUCAGAUGGCCGGCUGUGCUCUACUGGGCGGUGAGACGGCCGAGAUGCCAGGCGUCUACGCUCCCGGGGAGUACGACCUGGCCGGGUUCUGCGUCGGGGCCGUGGAACGAGGAGCCCUGCUGCCCAGGCUGCACGACAUCGCCGAGGGGGACCUGCUGAUAGGGGUGGCCUCCUCCGGGGUCCACAGCAACGGCUUCAGUCUGGUCCGCAAAGUCCUGGAGCGGGCCGGCCUCACCUACAGCUCCCCCGCUCCCUUUGGCAGCUCAGGACAGACCGUCGGGGAGCUUCUGCUCACUCCGACUAAGAUCUACAGUCGUUUGCUGCUGCCAAUCCUGCGCAGCGGAGCUGUCAAAGCCUACGCUCACAUCACAGGAGGCGGGCUUUUGGAGAACAUCCCUCGGGUGCUGCCCCAGGAGCUGGCAGUAGAUUUAGAUGCCUCCCGCUGGAGCAUCCCCCCUGUGUUUUCCUGGCUGCAGAAGGAGGGGGGGCUAAGUGAGGAGGAGAUGGCCCGCACCUUCAACUGUGGUCUGGGGGCGGUGCUGGUGGUCGCCCCCCCCGACGCUCAGAGGGUGCUGCGCCAACUCCAGGCCGACGAACAAGCUUGGGUCGUGGGUUCCCUGGCCCACAAGCAGCCUGGGGCAGAGCCUGUGGCGGUCCGCAACCUGAAGCACAGCCUGUGUGCCGGCUCCACCCCAGGUACAGAGACGGGGGUCCAGCAGAACGGUGGUUGCCAUGGUGACAGCAGCACGCCGCGCAGGAGGACCAAAGUAGCUGUUCUCAUCUCUGGAACAGGCACCAACCUGCAGGCUCUGAUAGAGCAGGCCAAGCGCCCGUCCAGCUCAGCCGAAAUUGUGGUGGUCAUCUCCAACCGGCCGGGGGUGCAGGGCCUGAAAAGAGCCUCUCUGGCUGGCAUUCAGACACGGGUGGUGGACCACAAACUAUACGGCAGCAGAGCGGAGUUCGAUGGGACGAUUGACCGGGUGCUGGAGGAAUUUGGGGUGGAGCUGGUGUGUCUGGCCGGGUUCAUGAGGAUCCUCACGGGAACGUUUGUCAAGAAAUGGAGCGGGAAGCUGCUGAACAUCCACCCAUCCCUGCUGCCCUCCUUCAAAGGGGUGAACGCCCAGAAGCAGGCUCUGCAGGCGGGGGCCCGGGUCAGCGGCUGCACCGUCCACUUUGUGGCUGAGGAGGUUGAUGCCGGGGCCAUCAUCGUGCAGGAGGCGGUGCCCGUGCUCGUCAGCGACACGGAGGAGAGCCUGUGCGACCGGAUCCGCCAGGCCGAGCACCGCGCCUUCCCAGCAGCCCUGGAGCUGGUGGCCAGCGGCGCCGUUAAGCUCGGCGAGGACGGCCGCAUCACGUGGAAGGCCGACACACAGAGCUAAAAAACAAGAAACAAAACAUUUCUUCUCUGCAUCACUGCCCUUUAAACUCUUUGUACUGGUGACACAAUGUAAAAAAUACGCUUACUAUUCUCACAGGGAUUGAUAUUGACCUUUUCUAGUUCCACUGCCUGAAACUGAACUUUUCCAAUCCAGUUGAGUCAUGUAAUUCUUAAUGUCUUCACUGUAGAACCAUAACCAUAUCAAGUUAUCAAUCAAGUUAUCAUCGUAUCAAUCGAGCUUGUGUUUUCCUUGACUGUGAGUCCUGCAUUCCAUUUAUAUCUGCACUGGAAUUAACCUUUAUGUUGGAAAAAAAAAGGCAUGACCUGUGUGAUGUCUAUUUUGAAAUGCUGCACUAGACUGAGUACGUCUUAUUAGAGUAACUAUGAAUUUUCUGUAAUGUUUGCAUAACUGAAAUUAAUGUGUGUUUCAUUAUUAAACCUGCCUCCUUGAAUGGAAA